CUUCCAACAUUCUAUAAUCUUACAACUUUCAAUUCCCUCAAAAACUUUCAAAUAAACACAACUUUAGAGGCUACAAGUUUCAUUACCUUAGAAAAAGUUUUAGUACUUUUUUAAUGGCAAGGAAGAGAAAGAGCAUUGAAGUAGUGGAAGAGGGGAACAUAAUUGAGGGAAGUUUGGGAUGGGAGGAGAUGGUGAAGCAAGCUGCAGUGCUUGGUGGAGCGAGGAGGGCAAGGAAGCGCUACGUUGGCGUCCGGCAGAGGCCGUCCGGAAGAUGGGUGGCCGAGAUUAAGGACACAAUUCAGAAGAUAAGAGUCUGGCUUGGAACCUUCGACACUGCAGAAGAAGCUGCCAGAGCUUAUGACGAGGCGGCGUGCCUUCUUCGCGGCGCCAACACAAGAACAAACUUCUGGCCUUGUUCUCAAUCCUCCACAAGCCCUGCCCUGUCUUCAAAGAUCACAAAUCUGCUCCUUCAGAGGCUUAAGGAAAGGAACAACACUUGUUCUGCUUCGAAUUCUGUUCUUAUCAAUCAAGAAAUUCAACAAGUGGAGGCAUGUGGAGGGACUAAUUCAGCAGAAUUCUCAAUUGAUCAGUUCAAUGACCUCCUCAAUGAGGAAGAUUACGGCGCAAGCAACGUCGAAUUCGUCGACAACGCUGCACGGAUUGAUUACAUCACAAGCAGCUUUGAAUCUUGCUUGGCCGACCACAACAACAGCACGGAUUACAAGCCGGCGAGCGACGACGACAGCGAAGGAGAAAGCUCGGAUUUCGGCCUCCAAAGCUAUGCAGAUUUCGCGUUUCUUGACAACAUCUCUGCGCCGCCGAGCGGCUAUUACUCGCCGUUCGAGAUGGCGGAGGAGAUGGAUGAAGCUGUGGAAGCAGAGAACUACGGCAUACCUGAGUGCUUGAAGAGAAUGAAGUAUGAGAGAAAGUUCUCAGCUUCACUCUAUGCCUUCAAUGGAAUACCUGAAUGCUUGAAGUUGAAACUUGAAAAGGGUAGAACCGGAAUUUCCAUGGCUGACCAAUUGACAAGCCUUCAAAUGGCUUGUAACAAAAACAAACAAGAGAAGAAGAUUGAUGAUGACAAAGAAGAAGAAAAUAUUGAUCAACCAAUGCCAAUUGACAUGAAUUCCUCUUCUUCUUCGCCUUCGUCGUCGUCGUCAUCGUCGUCGUCGUCAUCAUCAAGUGUUGUUGAUGCAGAGCUCUUGUUUUGGAGCUCACUAGAUCUUUCACCAAUUUACACAAAAUCUUUCCCCUAUUUGAAUUGUUAACUUGCUGGAAAAGGAAAAUGGAACAAUGAGUUUGUAAUAGUCAUAAUUUAAUUUUAAGUAACUUAUACUUUGGUUUUCCAAAUAUCUAUUUCACUAAUGGCAA